AUGUCAAUCCCCACCUCCCUCCUCCUCAAGAACGGAACUCUAAUCCUCCAUGGCGAAGGGGAUUGCAUUAAAUUCCUCAAAGAAGACCUCCUUAUCGUCGGAAACAAGAUUGUAGACAUCAAGCCUAACAUCGAGAUUCCGGAAUCAAACACCGUUGUGCUCGACUGCACUGGCAAGCUUGUUUCUCCUGGAUUUAUCGACACCCACCAUCACGUAUGGCAAACUCAGUUCAAAGGCCGACAUACGAAUGAUACUUUAUUGACCUAUCUUCCGAAAGGCAACUGGACUGGCUCGCUUUGCACCUCAGAAGACGUAUUCUGGGGACAAUUGGGAGGGUGUUUGGAGUCUAUCGAUGGAGGGACUACAAUGCUUGUUGAUCAUGCCAAUAUCACUCAAGGUCCUCAUCACGCCCCAAAUGCAAUAACUGCAACGGUUUCCUCUGGCAUUCGUUCUAUCUUUGGCUACUGCGACACACCCAACGUAACUUCUUGGACUCCACUCACGUUUGCGCCGGGCACACCGGAAUACUUCGACUCUCAACUCGCUGAUUUGGCAAAACAACAGCCGUUUGGCGACGGUCGCGUUCAAUUAGGGCUGUCAUUCGACAGUUUCCAUUUGCCGAAAGAGACUGUGAUCGAGUGCUAUGAGCGCGCAAGGUCGCUGGGGGUCAAACUUAUCACUUCCCAUUAUGUUCGUGGCCCCGUAGUCGGACCACAGUCUCGUGUUGAGCUGCUUGACACAUAUGGACUGCUUGGCCCUGAUAUUCUUCUGUCUCAUGCAAGCAACGCCACGCCAAACGACGCCGUCCUCCUCGCGAAAGCCAACGCCCAUGUUUCCGUCACCCCCGACACAGAGCUGCAAAUGGCCCAUGGAUUUCCCGUCUCCUUCCGCGACGACCUCCAUCCGCUUUGUUCCCUGGGCGUUGACUGCCACACCACCAACUCGGGCGACAUCCUCACCCAAAUGAGGCUUGCUCUCCAGUGCGCUCGCGGAGCUUAUAACCAGCCAUUCGUGGAUGCGGGAAAAAAUCCAAACACUGUCAAGCACACCGUCGAAGCGGCAUACAACUUGGGCACGAUUAAGGGCGCCAGAGCGGUUGGAAUGGAGAGUCAAAUUGGCAGUAUCGCAGUCGGGAAGCUUGCCGACCUGGUAAUUUUCGAUGGAGAGUCACCAGCAAUGAUAUGUGCUGCUGCACACGACCCAGUCGCUGCCAUUGUCAUGCACGCGUCUGUUCGCGAUGUUGACACUGUAAUUGUGGAUGGAAAAAUCAGGAAAAGAGAAGGUAAACUUCUGGCUGUCAGUGGACUCAAGGGAGAGGAGCUUCAGUGGAAAGAUGUUGCGAAGAAAUUGCUUCGGAGUCGUAUCCGAAUCGAGGCAGAAUAUAACAAAAUCGACAUGAGGAGUGCAGCUUCAAGGAUGAUAGAUUUGUGGCAUAUGCGACCUGAAAACUUCGUAGACUCUAUGGCGGACUGA